AUGUAUCCAAUGAGCGUUGCAGCAGGACAGUCUGGCCAAGUUCAGACCUUGGAUGGUGCAAACGUUCAGGUCUGGCCCGAUGCCGAUGCGCCCGAGUCUCAGUGGCGCAUCGCGGAGAUUUCCAAUGGCAUUUUCACACUUGAGAGUGCGCUGUCGGUCGGUAUGCUCUUGAGCGUGGCUGGAGGGCAGACCAACAAUGGCGCAAACGUCCAGCUGGGGUCUGCCCCUGACGCUCACAGUUCGCAGUGGCGAAUCUUGGAGACCGAUGGAAUAUAUUUGGCCGAGGGCGCGAAUGCAGCAGGGUUGUUCUUGAAUGUCAAGGGCGGCGCUGCCGUUGCUGGCACAAACGUCCACUUAUGGGGCGAUCAGUCACAAGCCUCGCAAUGGCGUGCUACCCUUGCCAAGGCCAGCACGAUUCGGAACGAGGGCGCCGAUUGCUGGAACAAGUGUGGGUCGCCUGGCAAGACUGGCUAUUGUGACUUCUGCGGGACGGGCAACGCUUGCUGCAGAAAAGGACACCGGCCAGAUCCUGAGGAGUGCGGGCGAGCGCUGGCGUUCCGGACAAGCCACCACGAGUGCGUGGAGUUGAAGGUGUUGCAUUCCAGCGAGGAUUGUUGGGGCAGGGCGGACAACGAUCAGCCCUCGGGCCUCGCGGAGUGGUGCGGGAAGGGCAACGCCUGUUGCAAGAGGAACUUCGCCAACGACCCAGAAGUCUGCAGGAGGGCGUUCGGGUUCACGACCAGUCACCACGAGUGCGUGAGGCUGACGCCCGAGGUCACUCCUGCGCCGCCGCCGCCCAAGCAGGAGGCGGAGGCCGAGGCGGAGGCCAAGGCCAAGGAAGUGGCCGCCGCAAAGGCAGAGGCAGAAGCCGAGGCCAAGGCCAGGCAAGAGGCCGAGGCCAAGGCCAAGGCUGAGGCAGAAGCCGAGGCCAAGGCCAAGCAAGAGGCCGAGGCCAAGGCCAAGGCCGAGGCAGAAGCCAAGGCCGAGGCAGAAGCCAAGGACAAGGUCGAGCAGGAUGUGGAGGCCAAGGCAAGGGCAGAGGCCGAGGCCCGGGCCAAGCAGGAGACGGAGGUCAAGUCCACGGCAGGGGCGGAGGCCGAGGUCGUCGAACCCUCGCGGCAGGAGGAGCCAAGCCCCUCGGUUCCGCUGGCCGACGGCGCGGAUGCCUUGGAGGGCUCGCAGGCUGGACGAGGUGCUGUGGUCAUCGUCAUGGUCUGGACGGUGGCCUUCUUCGGGGUAUGGUUUGUGCUGGUGCCGAAGACGCGCGUCGCCCUCUCGCAGAGUCGGCAGCGCAAGUACGAGGACCAAACAGCGAAUAAGAAGAUGCAAGGCGACCUGAGCCCACGCAGGAGGCGUGGCCCGGCCGACGAGGACAGGCAGCGCAAAGAGCUGAAGGCCAAGGCCGAGAAGUUGGAGUUUUUCUCGUUCGAGGACGGGUCGAGAAGCCCGGUGUGA